CAUGAUGAUCACGUUCACGACAGGAUCAUUAUUGUCUGUUGUUGUGACUCAGGCUAAUAAAAUGUAGCUGUUGAUUAAAUAUAACCAUUUCAUUAUCAUACCCCAAAAAUAACCUGCGAGAUUCCUCAAACUUAGAUUGGGACAAAACAGGGUAUUAUUAUUCACUCUGAUUGACCGAGGACCUACAACACCCGCCUUUGUCGUAUACUGAUUGGCUUGGUGAACGCACAGGGAUGCUGCCAUUGGUCUCUUUAACACUUCCACGGCUUUCCCACUGUUUUGUGGCAUUUGCUAAGGAGAUUCGUUUAACUAAACAAGCCAGCUAGAAAACAACACACUGGGAUAAAGACUUGGAGACAAAAUGGCAUCAGACUCCCCGCGCAGACCAAGCCGCUGUGCUGGAGGGGUUGUGGUGCGAGCACAAGCUGCCACUGAGCAGUCGUAUAUGGAGAGUGUUGUGACCUUCCUCCAAGAUGUGGUCCCUCAGGCAUACACUGGUGCCCCGCCAACUGAUGAAAAAGAGAAAAUAGUUUGGGUCAGAUUUGAGAAAGCUGACAUCAAUGAUACGUCCCGCUCCCCUGAGUUCCUAGAGAUGCACAGUGGCAGCAGUGACCCUCCCCUCUGCCUCAUGAUUGGCUAUGCCGACGGGAUGCAGAUCUGGAGCAUAUCCCUGGGUGGGGAGGCCAAGGAGCUUUUCUCUGUGCGCCACGGACCUGUGAGAGCUGCCCACAUCCUGCCAGCGCCCCAUAUCAGUCCGCUGAUGAUUGAUGGUUUUGCAGACAAAAGGCCUCUCCUAGGGGUGUGCAAGAGCACCGGCUCCUCGGGGACCAGCCCCCCAUACUGCUGUGUAGACCUGUACUCUCUGAGGACAGGGGAGAUGGUCAAGUCCAUCCAAUUCAAGACUCCCAUCUACGACCUGCACUGCAACAAGGAGAUUCUAGUUGUCGCCCUGCAGGAGAAGAUUGCUGCAUUCGACAGCUGCACCUUCACCAAAAAGUUCUUUGUUACAAGCUGCUUUCCCUGUCCGGGCCCCAACCUAAACCCCAUAGCACUGGGAGGACGCUGGCUAGCCUACGCUGAGAAUAAGUUGAUCCGGUGUCACCAGUCUCGAGGCGGUGCCUGCGGGGACAAUGCCCAGUCUUACACAGCUACAGUCAUCAGCGCUGCUAAAACCCUAAAGACUGGUCUCACCAUGGUGGGGAAGGUGGUGACCCAGCUAGCUGGUACUCUACCCACUGGCGCCCCCGAUGAGGAGGGUGCUACCCCCCACAGCACCACCCGCCGAAGCCCCCAUGCCCCUGGAGUCAUCACUGUCAUCGACACACACAACGUCGGAGAGGGACAGGUCCUGGUGAGUGAGGACUCAGAUGGAGAGGGAGUGGUGGCCCACUUCCCAGCUCAUGACAAACCCAUAUCUUGCAUGGCAUUCAACCCCAGCGGUAUGCUGCUGGUGACUGCAGACACCCUGGGCCAUGACUUCCAUGUGUUCCAGGUCCUUACACACCCCUGGGCCUCCAACCAGUCUGCUGUCCACCACCUCUACACACUGCACCGCGGCGAGACUGAGGCCAAGGUCCAGGACAUCUGUUUCAGCCAGGACAGUCGCUGGGUGGUGAUCAGCACGCUGCGUGGCACCUCCCACGUCUUUCCCAUUAACCCCUACGGUGGCGCGCCCUGCGCCCGCACACACAUGUCCCCCCGCGUGGUCAACCGCAUGUCCCGCUUCCAGAAGAGUGCAGGGCUGGAGGAGAUAGAGAAUGAACUGAACAGCAAGCAGGCUGGAGGAGGGAGGUGCAGCCCCAUCCCCGGGCUCUCCAGCAGCCCCUCGGGGUCCCCACUACACGGAGCAAAAUGCAGAAAGAAAAGAGAAAAUAGAGCUAAACUCACCAGCCAGGAGUCGUACAACAACUUCACCAACAACAACAUGGGUAACCCUCGCCUGUCCCCUCUGCCCAGCCUCACCAUGGUGCUGCCCCUGGCACAGAUCAAACAGCCCAUGACCCUGGGCACCAUGACCAAGCGCUCCGGACCUUACCUCUUUGGGGCAGGAUGUUUUGCCAUUAAAACUCCAUGCAAAGCCAAGCCUCCCCCUCAGAUCUCCCCCAGUAAGUCCAGUGGCGGAGAGUUCUGUGUGGCUGCUGUCUUUGCUGCCUCACGCUCCUGGUACAUGACCAACCCCAACAUGAAGAGAGAGAAAGACCAGUCCAGCCGGUCAGUGGUGGAGUCCCUCUUCAUCCUCAGUUGCUAUGGCACCCUGGUGGAGCAUGUCCUGGAGCCUCGGCCAAUCAGCACAGCCCAGAAGAUCAGCGAUGACACACCCCUGGAGCUCAAUACAUGUCCACGGGCCUGCUGGAGCCUGGCCAGGACUCCUCUGUGGAAUGAGCUGCAACCUCCCUUCCUCUCCAACCACCCUCUGGUGCUGGCCUCUGACCUGGUGCAGUAUUACCAAUACCUCCUGGCUGGAUUGGUGCCCCCUGGAAGCCCUGGCCCUAUCACGCGCCAUGAGUCUUACGACAGCCUGACGUCGGACCACAGCGGACAGGAGGAUGAGGAGUGGCUCUCACAGGUGGAGAUAGUGACCCACACAGGGCCUCACCGUCGGCUGUGGAUGGGUCCUCAGUUCCAGUUUAAGACCAUCCACCCAUCUGGUCAGACUACGGUCAUCUCCUCCUCCUCCUCCGUGCUGCAGUCCCAGGGCCCCAGCGACAUUCAACAGCCUCUGUUAGACUUCGACACUGACGACCUGGACCUACACAGUCUCAGGAUCCAGCCGGUGCGUUCUGAGCCGGUCAGCAUGCCUGGUUCCUCUCGGCUGGUGGCUGAACGGAGGGGACAGGGGACGGUCAUUGAUACAGGAUCAGGGACUUUUGACCGCAGUGUGACCCUGCUGGAGGUGUGUGGCAGCUGGCCAGAGAGCUUUGGCCUGCGUCACAUGAGCUCUGUGGAGUCCACCGAGGAGGGGCUGAGAGAGAGGCUGGCAGACGCCAUGUCAGAGUCACCAUCCAGAGACAUAGUGGGCUCUGCUACCGAGCUCCAGAGGGAGGGCAGCAUUGAGACUCUCAGCAACAGCUCUGGCUCCACCAGCGGCUCCAUCCCCCGUAACUUUGAGGGCUACCGCUCUCCACUGCCCACCAACGAGAGCCAGCCCCUCAGCCUCUUCCCCUCCGGAUUCCCCUAGAGGAGACCAGGAGACAACCUGCCUACCGCCCUACAAGACCUGGGGUCAAAUACUAUUUUAAGUCUUUCAAAUGCUUUGAACGUUUGCUUUAGUCUGCCUGGAGUCCCUGAUGGGAGGGGAUUACAUUUUUGCAACUAUUCUAUUGGUUCCAUUGCGCCAGACAAGCUGAAUAAAGCCCAGAUAAAGAAUUUGAAAUUAUUUCAAAAAGUAUUUGAUCCCAAGUCUGCUACCUACCGUCCAUCCUACUGCUUCAUACAGCACAGCCAGACAGUCCUGAUAUCUUCUGGUCUCUCGCCAUGUUGAUGUUCAUUAGGAUGUUAUUGUGAGCAGUGGUCCUCUCCUCCUGUCCUCUCCAAUCUCUCUCUAAAUCCAGGAACUGUCCAGUGUUACUCCCACCUACCGAUGUGUUUCUGUUUCUGUGUGUGUGGGGGAUAAUGUGUCACAUGGCGUGUGUUUCAUUUUGGGUGUGUGUGUGCUGCUCCGAGUGUGUGUUUUGUUUGCCUGUGUGUAUGAGGAGUGAGAGAGAAGGCAGAGACCGGGUGUAUUGAGUGAACAGUGUGUGUUACUCAGUCCCUCCUGUGUGUGUGUAUAAAAAGUGCUCUGAUGAUCAUGGCUGAGUCCCAAACGGCCGUGGUCAGAAGUAGUGCACUAUAAAGUGAAUAGGGUGCCGUUUGGAACCCUACCCAUCUCUUGGUAGAUUAAUGUUUUGGGGAUUUUAGUGACAGAAACAGGCUCAAAACUAAAUGUUUGUUGCUGAUUGGUUUACUACUCAUUUGAAAGAAUGUAAGUUUGUUAUUUAGCUGGACAUGUUUUUAAAAAGUUGAACAACUACGUGUCACUUUUACUUUUUCACAAGCUUGUAAAUGGUGAUGGACCUAAUGUAGCUGUAGUUGCUUUACUUCUGAAGAUAACGACCUAGCUCAGCAUGCGUGCUGUAAUGUAUAUUAGAUAUACUUAUUAAGACCAAAUCACUUCCAUGUAUGGAUUUCUCUUUCUCUUUAUUUGGUCACUUUGAUGGUUUCGGUGGGUAUCCUUUUAGGUUGUUGAGUCGAGUGUCUUUUGAUGAUAUCAUCUUGCUUUGAUUAUGAUUUAUUUUUUUUGCAACAAAAACAGGUCUGUGCUUUAACAAAAUAAAAGGCUUAUUCCUUUCUUGCAUGCACACACACGCAUACACACACACACGCAUGCACACACACGCAUACACACACACACGCACACACACACACGCACACACACAUACAUGCACACGCACACACACGCACACACACACACACACACACACACACACCUCAAACACAAGCACACGCUUGUACGCUGAAUAAUUACUUUGCCAGCUUGCUUUCUUAGUGAAUGGGUCAUUGCUAGACUUGACCAGACCACAUAGGACUUGAUAUGAAGUCUGAUCUGAUGCACUAGUGAGAACAGAAAAAAAUACUCACCUUUUAGACUUAAAACAGGUUCUGAAUAUUUGGUCACUGAUUUUGUAUUCAGUGUUUAUCAAAAUGUUAAUUUUAAAGCACGAUACAAUCCUAGUCCUUUGUCUGGGGAAUGGAUGACUGGUUGACUACAGGGGUCUGUUCAGAAAAAUGCAACGUUACAGGACUUUCAGGUAGAAAUACAUUUUAUAGAACAGAUAUGUCCUGUAGGAAAAGGAGUCAUUGUGGAUCUAUAUAUUACAUUUCUAUCUGCAACGUUCGGAAUGUUUCACCCUAUUGAACACAGCCAUGUUCCCGUAAUUCUGCAUGUUGAAUGAGUCGAUGGCUACUGCUGCUUGGUCACUGGACAAUGUAACAUAAAAGGGGCAUGAUUAAUUUAUUCCUUUUGAUGCAGAACACAUGCUUAUUAAUACAUUUCGACUGUAAUAUUGGUUUUGUAAAAUACUGAGUCGUUAUUUGCUAUACAUUCAUGUUAAUUAAAUAAUAAAGACUUGGAAAAUAA